AUGCAGCCACACGUCAAGGAGCGCUUCGAAGCGGACUUUGGCGAGGAGGGCGUGGCCCAAAUUGUCCGCUCCUUGGACGGCUCCUUCAAGCUCUUGCGCCGCUUGGAUCAAAAUCGAGCCCUGGGCAUCGAGGGCGUGAAGAAGUGGCACAAGGAGCAGCUCAAGUACAGUCUGGAGCUGACAAAAACAGGGAUGGAGAAGGAGGAGAAGGCCACCAAGAUUGGCAAGGCCAUGUUGGCCGCUGCAGAGAUGGCCUUUGGGCUGCCAGUGGAGGCCUUCGACAAGGCCACGCUGGAGCUUGCUCAAGUGGGCGGCGCCAAGAUCGAGACCACGGAUGAUGGGCUCCAGGCCUCAUGGGCCUCGCCGCUCACCGGGGAGGUGAUGAAGGAAUUGGUUUGCGAUGAGGGCGUGGCCACCAUCAUGAAGAAGCGCGUGCCCGCAGAGACUUACAAGGAGUUUGAGCAGGUGAUCAAAGGCAGAUGCCCCACAGUGAAGCAGUAG